AUGUCUCGCAAGGUCGUCUCUACCACCAACGCGCCCGCCGCCCUGGGCCCCUACUCGCAGGCCAUCGUCUCGGACAACACGGUGUACGUGUCGGGCCAGAUCCCGAUCAACCCGGCGUCGGGCGAGAUCGAGGCCAAGGACAUCACGGGCCAGACCGAGCAGGUCCUGAAGAACCUCGAGGCGGUGCUGGUUGCCUCGGGCAGCAGCAUCGCCAACGUGGUCAAGACCACGUGCUUCCUCGAUGACAUCAACGAGUGGCCCGCCAUGAACGACGUCUACGCCAAGGUGUUCCACACCAGCCCGCCCGCGCGCUCGGCGUUCGAAGUCGGCAAGCUGCCCAAGAACGCCAAGGUCGAGAUUGAGGCCAUCGCCAAGCUCAACUAA